AUGAAAUGCAUAUACGAAGAUUCAUACGGUGCCAUGGAGAAAAUUCCAGUAUUUAAACCUACGUAUGAGCAAUUCAAGGAUUUUAAGGCAUUUAUAAUGGCAGUUAGACCUUAUGGCAUGAGAUCAGGAAUUGUGAAAGUAAUUCCACCAAAAGAAUGGAAUGAUAAACUUCCAAAGGAUCUUUCGGCACAAUUGGAAAAAAUUGUUAUUGAUAAUCCGAUUAAACAAGAAUUUACGAAGGUUGACGGCAAAUGUAGGGUCAAAAACAUGGAUACAAAUGCAAAUUUCUCUGUAAAACAAUGGGCAAAGUUAUGUAGUCAUCCUGAUCAUGCCACCCCUAUAUACGAAUCUCAUUUUUUACCGACAAAAUUAACUAAAAAUGUUGGAAAAAAGAGAAAAUUUUCUUUGGAUAACAAGGAAGCUUCUCAAUUAAAAUCAGACUUUCAUUAUGCUAAUAAGUCUCCAAGAUCAGAUAAUACAUCUAAAUCACGUGAUUUAACAGUCGGUGAAAAAAUUACGGAAGUCACACGUGACUCGGAACCUGUUACUACAUUCCAAAAUGUUCGAACAGACAUUCAUGUUAAUGAAUCUGAUGGUUGUGAGACUGAAGAUGAAGUAGAAGAAGUUCUUUUAACUUCUGAAAAUAUGUCUAGCACAUCCAUGAAUAUUACUAAAAAUAUAUUUGAACAAGUACGGCCCAAAAAAGUUGAAAAAGUUGAAAAGGUUGAAAAAUCUAACAAUCAAUUAAAGUCAAAAUGGAGCUACAAGGCAGUAACUCGAGAACUUCCAUUUGGCAACGAGGAUUAUAUAAGAGAUCUUGAACAUAAGUAUUGGAAAAAUUUGGCUUAUUUUUCUCCAUAUUAUGGAGCCGACUUGGAUGGUUCUCUUUUCACUGAUUCAACUACUACAUGGAAUGUCAAUAACAUUGAUAACCUUUUGAAUUUAAUGGAUCCAAUUCCUGGCGUAAAUAAAGCGUAUCUAUAUUUUGGAAUGUGGAAAGCUUCUUUUGCUUGGCAUGUCGAGGACAAAGAUCUUUAUUCGAUCAACUACAUUCAUUUCGGUGCUCCAAAAUUUUGGUAUGCUAUAUCUCCUCAAAAAUCUGCUACGUUUGAGCAAAAGAUGAAAGGAUGGUUUCCUGGGUAUUUCUACGAGUGUUCGGAAUUCUUACGUCACAAGGAAUUCAUGGCAUCACCUGAACAACUUAGGAAUGGCAUCAUGCCAUUUGGAAAAGUGGUUCAAAGAGAAGGGGAGUUUAUAAUUACAUUCCCUCGUGGUUAUCAUGCUGGGUUUAACAUGGGAUUUAAUUGUGCAGAAAGUGUAAAUUUUGCCUUUGAAGAUUGGAUUGAAAUGGGUAUUAAGGCUAAAUCAUGUGAAUGUAAUCCCGAUAGUGUUACUAUUGAUGUGAAUGGUCUUUUUGGACACUUGUUGAAACAGCCUAUUUCAGAAGGUACAUGUCCAAUCGAUAAAAGUAUAGAAGCUUCAGUUAUCGAAUUGCCAUCUCGUCCACUUCAAAAAAUAAAAGGAUCGCGGAAAAUGGCCUCUUCAAAUACGCCAAUUGCGAUGGACCUGGAUGGACCGGUAACUUUAAUGUAUCCCGAACAUAGUUACGUAUCGCCAUCACCUGAUUCCGAUAUGAUCGCAUCAUUAGCAAAUAGAACAAGGAUUGGUUCACAUUUUAAGAGUCAAAACCGGGAACAUAGAAUGAUGAACUCACCGCGCGAAGUUAACAAGAUGAAAUCUCCACGUAAAAAGAAUUCACUAGAUAAACUUGUUAUGGUCAAUAAUGAAAUUUCAUUUUCUAAAGUAGAAAAAAUGGAGACUAAUGAGAAUGGUCAUAUUGAUCAUAAUAAAAUGGAUAAGGUUGAAACCAAAAAUUGCAAUUAUACCGAUAGA